GUUCAUGUCCUGUCCAGAACCAGGAGGGGCGGGGGGAAGAUGAGAGUUCCUACGCUCUGGCUCUUCUCCUUCCUCAUGAUCAAGGGCUGGAAUGGCUUCCUGGGGAGUGAUGAUGGCAUCAAAACAAAGCAAGAACUCAUUUUGAAUAAGAAAAAGCCUCUAGGUCCAGUCCAGGAAUACGAGCUGCUGCUUCAGCUAGCCUAUCGAGAUUCCAAGGAGAAAAGAGACGUGAAGAACUUUCUGAAGCUUUUGGAGCCUUGCCCUUGUUUUUUACCUGGGCCAGUGAAGAUGAUCAGAGCAAAAGCCACCACAUACUGUGGCAUCCAGAACGGGGUCCUGCGCUGUGCCUGUGACGACGGCUACUCCUGGUUUCCUCCCUCGUGCCUUGAUCCCCAGAAAUGCUGCCUUCACACGGAGGGAUCUCUCCAGAGCUGUGAUUGUCAUCUCAACAACCUCACCCAGAGUGUCCAUUUCUGUGAGAGAACAAAGGUUUGGGGUACUUUCAAAAUUAAUGAAAGAUUUACAGAAGCUUUGGAUGUAUCUUCUGCUAUAAACUCCAAAUAUACCACUGGAAUUGAAAUUCAACUUAAAGAAGCAUACAAAAGUAUCCAAGGUUUUGAGUCAGUUCGAGUCACCCAGUUUAGAAAUGGAAGCAUCAUUGCUGGGUACGAAGUUUUUGGUUCCAGCAACACAUCUGAAUUGCUGUCAGGCAUUGGGCAGGCAGCUAAGAAGGCUAAAACAGGCCUGUAUCAGCUGUUUCCACUAGAAGACAAUUCUUUCAGAGUGUUCGGAAAAGCCCAGUGUAACAGCAUAGUCUUUGGAUUUCGAUCUAAGAAUGAGGAGUAUACUCUUCCCUGUAGCAGCGGCUACUCCGGAAGCAUCACGGCCAGGUGCCAACCCUCUGAGUGGCAUGUCCUCAGGGAGACAUGUGUGCUCUCUGAGCUGGAAGAACUGAAGAAGAAUUUCAGUGUGAUUGCCAGCAACACCACUGAGGCAACGGUGUCAUCCUUGGUGCAGAGCCUUUCAAUGGUCAUUCAGCAAAACCCAUCAACCACAGCCGGCAAUCUGGCUUCUGUGGUGUCAAUUCUGGGCAAUAUCUCGUCCCUGUCCCUAGAAAGACAUUUUGGUGUGUCCAUUUCAACAAUGGAGAAUGUCAUCAGUAUAUCUGACCACAUCCUUAAUCCUGCCUCGGUAACAAACUGGACAGUGUUACUUCAGAAAGAAAAGAAUGCCGGAUCCUAGUUACUAGCGUCACUGGAAAACAUCAGCGUUCUGGUCCCUUCGACAGCUCCGCCUCUGGAAUUUUCUCGAGAAUUCAUUAACCGGAAAGGGAUUCCAGCAUCCUCAAAUCAAAGCAAUUUGGGUUACAACUAUCGGACUGAAAUGUUCCCCAAAAACCCUUCCAUUCCCACCAGAGGCCAUGCAUUAAUUAGGUCAGACCAAUUCCAGGAGCCCCUUCCAGAAACUAUCAUCAGCAUGACCUCCUUGACCCUGGGGAACAUUCUACCUGUAACCAAAAGUGGAAAUGCUCAGGUCAGUGGGCCCGUGAUAGCCACGGUUAUCGCAAAUUAUUCCAUCAAUGAAAUUUUCCUGACUUUUUCCAAGAGAGAAUCAAAUCUGAGCCAGCCUCAUUGUGUGUUUUGGGAUUUCACCCAUUCGCAGUGGAACGAUAAUGGCUGCCACCUAGUGAAUGAAACUCCAGCCUCGGUGACAUGCCGCUGUACUCACCUGACCUCCUUCUCCAUGCUGAUGUCCCUCUGUCCCCCCGCCAUCGUUCCCGUUGUGAAAUGGAUCACCUUUGUGGGACCGGGGGUCUCCAUGGGAAGUCUCAUCUUAUGCCUAACCAUCGAAGCUCUGUUUUGGAAGCAGGUCAACGAAAGCCAAACCUCACACACGCGUCACAUUUGCAUGGUGAACGUGGCCCUGUGCCUCCCGAUCGCAGACAUCUGGUUUACCGUCGCUGCCUCCGUGGACACCGCGGCACACCCUUCUGGAGUCUGCACAGCUGCAGUGUUCUUUACACACUUUUUCUACCUGUCCUUGUUCUUUUGGAUGCUUAUGCUUGGCUUCCUGCUGGCUUAUCGGGUUAUCCUCGUGUUCCACCACAUGGCCACGCCUUUGUUGGUGGCUAUCGGGUUCUGCCUGGACUGCGGGUGUCCUCUCAUUAUAUCCAUCAUCACCAUUGCGGUCACACAACCCAGCAGUGGCUAUGAAAGGAAAGAUGUGUGUUCGCUUAACUGGUCCGAUGGGAGCAAACCUCUCUUGGCCUUUGCGGGUCCUGCCCUGACUAUUGUGGCUGUGAAUUUGGUGGGGGUCCUGUUACUUCUCACGAGGCUCUGGAGGCCCGCUGUUGGAGAAAGGCUGACUCAGGACAGCAAGGCCGCUGUCGUCCGCAUGGGGAGGAGCCUCCUCGUUCUGACCCCCCUGCUAGGGCUCACCUGGGGGUUUGGCAUAGGAACAAUGGUUGACAGCCGGAAUCUGGCCUGGCAUGUUAUUUUUGCAUCACUCAGUGCAUCCCAGGGCUUUUUCAUCUUAUGUUUUGGAAUGCUCUUGGAUAGUAAGCUGCGACAGCUGCUACUCAACAAGUUGUCUCCUUUAAGCUUUUGGAACCAAGCAUCAAAGCAAAACUCACCAGAUUCAUCUGUCAAACCCAGAUUCCAAAAGACUUUCAACCCAUUCCAACACAAACGCAAUUCUGUACUUUCUUAUACUGGAGAGUCCUCAAACUCCAUCAUGCUAACUCAGUUUUCAUCAACUGAAUAAGGCCGGGUACCCUAAAAUCAAGGAAAAUGUUUUGGAAGCAAAUUGACAUUAGAGCUAAAUGUCAGUGAAGAAAUCAUGCUCAAUAUUCAAUGGCUUUUUCUGAUUUCGGGGUCUGAGACUAUAAUAAGGAACUCUCAGCAGUUUCGUGACAGCCAUCUUCAUCUUCAAUUACAUGGAGAGAUUUACUUCCAUGGGGUUUGAUUCAAAGGAAUCGCUUCAUAAAUGUAGAAGAUUAGCUUUUUGUCAGAAAUCAUGUCAGUUGUACUAGCCUCUCACUGCCACAAACUAUGGUUUCCUUUUUCAUAAAAUAGCAUUAUUCAUGUGACAUUUCUGAUCAUCUGAACUGGAGUAAGGAAAUGUCAUGAAAUCACUUUAGACACAUUGAUGGACCAUGUUCACUUUCUUAUAAAAAGUCACUGGUGAAAUUUCCUAGAAAAAAAAGCGUUUUCCUCCAAAAAUGUCCAGUUGGAUUUUACGCUUGUUUUUGUCUUUUAGGUAUAGUCACUGAACUUUGAAAGUUAAUCAGAAACAAAAUGGAAGUGUCCAUUUCAGAUAGCUUCAUAGCCGUUACUUAGGAAGUGUAAUGCAGUAUUUUAUAUAUGUAUAAUGCAUUAUUUUUCAGUUUACAAGGCACUUUCAUCUGGGCCCCCAUCCAAUGACAUGAGGUGUCCAGGCAGACCUAGUGCAGAGAUGAUGAAAUAGAGGCUUGGACAGGUGAAGUGACUUCCCAAAGUGAAGCCAGUAAAGGGCGCUUUUAGGACUUUUGGUUCCUAGUCCAUUUCUACAGCCUCAUAACAGCCUUGAAAAUCACCUGCAAUCCUAAGCAAGCCUUAUGAGGUUAGAUACGAGAUUCAUCACUCCCAGAAUUCUCUCUAUGUAAGAGGAAAAUUGAGGGAGAAUUUGGUUGUCAGCAUCCAGAAAGACCUUAAAGCACCUGGUUUUCUUUCAUAAUACACUGUCGGCACUUUUGGAAGUUAUUUCCAUGUAUGGCCGACCCUACUUUUGGAUGAGAUAGAGAGCAGCAGGUAAAGGCACUGUAGGAAACAACAUUUCCCUUCCAUGCUGCCGUCACUUUGGGCUCACCUGAGUUUCAGUCCUGACCACAGUGCCCAGAAGAACUAAGCCCUUUGAUUCAUCCUUGCUUCCAGAGUCUCCUAAAAAUCUGCUGUGGC